GGUGGGCGGAUCGUAGCGGUGACAGCGACGCUCGGAGACUCUAGACAAACUGUCAAAAAGGAGACAACUAACGCCAUGGCGGAGUUAGACUUGAGUCUGAGCGAUGCGCUGACGGACAGCGUUCCCCAGCCCGGCCCGGAGAACAUGGUGCACCGGGACUUUGUGGCUGAGCUGGAGGCGGAGCACUUUGACGAUAAGGUCGGAGAGACGGUGGGAAAGACGGACUACAUCCCGCUGCUGGACAACGAUGACACCAGGGCAGACGCGGGUACUGCAAUGGAGAAUGGAAAGCAGGAAGCUCGUGGGGUGCAAAAGCCUGGUAGUAAACUGACCUCGGGGGAACAGACGGCAGCGUCGCACCCGGAGCCGCAGGGGGAGGUGUGGCCACACUCGCUUGACCAGCAGCAGGCCUUGGCUUCAGACUUCUUAUCAGUCUCCGUGGCAACUUAUUCUAAUCCUCUGGGCUUUCAGACCAGCCCCGCACAAAAGAUGGAUGCUAACCUGAUGGGAGCGUUUUCAGGUUUCUCCCAGCCUGGAGGGAUUGGGAUGAACGUGGAGGUGGGAGCUGCACCCCUUCAAGCAGAAAAGCCUCCAAGUAUUGCAGAUCCUGAGAUUCUCACACCUCCAGCAGGAUCAGUCGCCCCUAAGGAGCACAGCCCCAUGCUGCCCGAACCACAAGCUCCUCGCAGCCCUUUGGAUGUAUCAGCAGGUGCCUUAGGCUGGCCAGACCAGGCUGGCUGCCUGUCGACAGACCUCCCUUUUACUCCAAGUGUCACCACAGUGAUUGCUCGACAUGCCAGCCAUCUUGCAGCCAGCCCUGAGGACCCACCUGACAGUUGGCCUAGCCGUGAGAGCGCUGCCUAUGCUGGAGGCGACGAAAGGGACAGGGAUGGAUCAGACCGAAAACAAAAGAAGAAGAAGAAAAGACGACAGAAAGAUGAGGGAUCCUACGAACAACUGGAGAGCAAGGGCCACCCUGAGAUGCAAGCACUGGGAGAAAGCACCCGACCAACAGAGGAGUUCUAUCAUAGGAUUGGCCCAAGGAGGGAUAAAGCAGAGGGUGGUUGGGAGGAGCAACUUGGGAAGAGUGGAGGCCCAGGGAAGAAGGGGAAGAGCAGGAAGAAGCUUCCAGAGGAGUGGGGAGUGGCAGAACCAUUUGUUCCUUCAUCUGCUGUGACCUCUAACAUUACAGAGGAGGACAUGAUGGAUCUUGGGAGUUCAACUCUGGACAACCUUGAGGCCUACUUGGCAGAUGAAGAUUCAAGCCAGAGCCCCUGGAAAAAGGAGGUCUACCCAGAUGAAGGCUUGGUAUCUUCCCCUCUGUCUCAGGAUCUUUUCUCCCCAGGAGCUGCUCCCAUUAGCCCACUGGUCCUGAACAGUGAGCUGAAAGCCACAGCAGCUCCGUUUACUAUGCCCUCUACCACCAACGGCAAAUCACUCGGUUCCUUCCCUGUGGCCCCUCCAUGUUGUGACCCAUUUGAUCUCUUGAUGGAAACCGAAAAUGCAAGUCUGGGCAACAGCAAAGAGGCUAUUUCACCACCCUUUUCUCCAGAGAAUGAAGCAGCAGUUGGUAAUCUGGUAGACAGCGGCAUGUUUGACAACAGCAGUUCUCUCCAGGAAUGUUGUGAGCAAGCCACGCCUGAGGCAGACACCUCAGCCUUCAGCCCUGCCACCCAGCCAAGCCCAAAUUGUUCCCCUGAAGGUGAGGUGUUAGCCUCAGCACCACCUCUCUCGCCGUCUGAUGCUUCAUGGGUUCUGAACAGCUCAAAUAUGAGCAGCAACAGCGAUUUAUUUAAUUUUGCUGACAUGGGUGCGCUAGGUCAUCCUUUACCCUUAGGCCUAAACUUCGACACCCCAAGCCCAGCACCUCUCCGUUCCCCAAAAACUACGGCACAGGAAUUCCAAGCCAGAGAGCUCAAAGAAGGCAAAUCAUCCCCAAAACAAUCCAAGAAACCACGCUCUUCAUCUUCUUCAUCCUCUGUUAAGAGUCCAACCUCCCCAGAAGCUAAAAGGUUCUCUCCAAUGGCAUCGCCUGUCACCAGCCCCUCUUCCCCUCCAUCGGUCCCCCCUCUGGCAGUUCCAGGAUCUGGUCUUAAUCCUGCAGCUAAGCCCUUCUUUCCCAGCUUUGCUGAUCCCAUGGAAGAACCAGCUGUGGCCAAUCAAGAUGUUCCUCUCGUUGAAGUAAAAUCAGAAAUGACAGAGAAGAAGGAGGAGAAGAAGGAGGAGAAGAAGGAGGAGAAGAAGGAGGAGAAGAAGGAGGAGAGUGUGAAGAAGGUGGACCUGUUUGACCCUGUGGAUAAAGUCGAGCAGAAGAGUGUAAAGGUUGAGUUCACGAGCAGUGAGAGUCCGGUUAAGGUGGAGGAAGAGGGAGAAAAAGACAAAAUGAAGGAGGCAGAGAAACGGGAAGAGAAGGUGGAUAGAAAUCAAAAGGAGGCAGAAAAUCUGAUAGAAAAGGUGGAUGAAAAACAAAGGGAGCCUGAAAAAGAGAUGGAAACAGAGAAAGUGCCGCCUGUGCAACAAAAGCCCGAGAAAGAGGAUGAAGUGAAAGCAGAAGAAUUGUCAGACAAAUCAGAGAUAAAUAAAGCAGAGAAGACAGAGAAAGAAGAAAAAGUGGAGGCUACAGAAAAGCUGGAGGCUGACGUCGAGAAAGCACAGAAUGUGGGCAAAAUCGCACAAAAUGACAAGUCCAAAGUGUCCAAAGUGGAGGACAAAGCAGAGAACAAGACCACAGAGAAGCCCGAGAUCACAGAAAUGAAGGACGGCAAAGAGCAGCACAUCAACAAAGUGGAAAAGACCCCAGAGCAACAGCCGACAUCCGUCAAGCUCGAGACCAGCUGUGACCAGACAGAGAAGAAGGCCGACACGGAGACAAAGGCUACAGCGGAGCUGGAAGACGCCAAGACAGAAAAGGCUGACGCAGGCGAGGCCAAGAAGACGGAGAAAGACGGUGAGGCGGUGAAGCCGUCUGAGAAGCCGGUGGAAAAAACAACACAGAAGGAAGAGAAGCCGGACAAAACGCAGGAAGACAAAAAGACGGUUGAGAAGAAAGACGAGAAGAAGGACAAGGCUGCAAAGGCAGACGGAGACAAGGCGAAGAAACCUACCAAACCCUCAGCCAAUGGAAGCAUUUCAACACCAAGCAAAGAGCUGGCAGACAGGAAGACCAAGCCUGCUGCCGGGGCAACCAAACCAAGCACAGCUGCCAAAAUGCGCCCGAGCACUGCAGGUGCUGCUGGUCCUGCUCCAGGCCUGACUAAGCGUCCCGUAUCCUCUGUCGCCACCUCCACCCCCCACACUACAGACAAAAAAACAACCACAGCUAAAGCACCUUCCACAACAGCUGCAGGGUCUAAGCGACCCUCCACCACUUCUGCCAGCCGCCUCACAUCAUCCUCCACCAGCACGACACGUGAGCUUAAACCCAAGACAACAACAGAGAAGCGCCCCCUAGUGACAAAGUCCAGCACUGCUGCCUCAAAUCAAACAGGUUCAGCCAGCAGAAACACGUCUGCUGCCACAGCAGCCAGUAAAACCACUGCACCAGUGCGCACGGCAGGAUCUACUCGCACCACUACCACUGCUGCAGCCAGAAAGCCUCUGGCCUCUAAGACAGACAGCAAACCAGGAGAGGAGAAGAAACCCAGCGCCCCGAGGACUUCGACAGCUGACUCAAGCAAGCCUAAGACCACCACCACCCGCAGCACUGCCUCCACCACCACCACCACUGCCUCCCGCACACGAACCACAGCAGCCAAACCAGCAACGCCAUCCUCCGCCGCAGGCACGGGGCCAGAGAAGAAGCCCCCGGUGCCCCGCGCCCCGCGGGCCGCCUCUUCAACCACAGCGACCACCGCUUCCCGGAGCACAGCUCGCCCCGCCACAGCUCCCGAUGUCCGCAACGUCCGCUCCAAGAUCGGCUCUACGGUCAACAUGAAGCACCAGCCCGGAGGAGGGAAGGUGCCUCCUUCCUCUCAGAGCAGGGUUUUCACCUCCAAAGAGAGCAGCCAGGGCAAAGUUCAGAUAGUCUCCAAAAAGCUGGACUUCAGCCACGUCACAUCUCGCUUGGGCUCCAAGGACAAUAUGAAGCAUGUUCCUGGUGGAGGGAAUGUGCAGAUUCUCAACAAGAAGGUGGACGUCAGUAAGGUGACGUCAAAGCUGGGCUCCAAGGACAACCUUAAGCACAAGCCUGGAGGCGGCGAUGUGAAGAUCGAGUCUCACAAAGUGAACUUUAGGGAAAAGGCUCAGUCCAAAGUGGGCUCCAUGGACAAUGUGAGCCAUUCACCUGGAGGAGGAAACAUCAAGGCUGAGGGGGCACAGGAGGCAACAGAGGGGAGUGGGGACCCCCUGAGUGGCAGCCCUGCCCCGGCCCCAGGCUCCGAGCCAGGGCAGGCUGGGGGCCCCGCUGCCCUGAAGAAUGGGUUGAAGGACGGGGCUCCCUGUCAUAGUGAGGGCCUCCAGGAGCCCCAGGCUCUGGACUCACACAUCCCAGAGACAAAUUGAGUCUUUCAAGCUCAACUUCCGCGAGAAUGCUCGCUCUCGCACGGACCACGGCGCUGACAUCGUCACCUGGCUAGCCCCACAGGACAACAACAGUAACAGACCCCACCCACACGGCUCCUCUUAUUCCCUACAUACCAGCUACCACCAACAACAACAGCAACCGACAACUCGUAGUGUCUCCCUCAUCGAGUCGCUGGCUUCGGUCGGCUGCGUCAGCUCCCCCUUCGCCCCCUCCUCGCUGCAGCUCCAGGUGGAGGUCCAGGGGGUCGACCGCAGCAGCUCCUUAAAGGGAUCGUGACCGUUGUGACCCCUCUCAAUAUCUCUAACCUGCUAUUGCUACAUUUUGACCCAUCGAGUAGUUCCAUCAUGCUUUUCCUCUCACACUGAUUGUGCGCCGUCACCCUCGCCCUGCUAGAUUUGGCUGAGUGACUGUGUAGACUGUGCCUGGUGAGAGGCGAAGGGGAAACGAGGGCACAGUAAGGUUUUCUCACAUUCUGGGUUUUUGCUUGGAUCCUCUUCACCCCACAGCCUUGUGGCAGACUGUGCUCUCCAUCACCCUCCCCCAGUAGCAUCCGCACCCACAGCAGCGUCAGCAGCAAGUCACUUCACUCAUCUACUAAUCAGCAUGGAAACCCUGGCUUCUCUUUCCUUUGUGACUCUAGGGGCUGUUUGUUACCUGCAUCCACUUACUCUCUGCUUCAGUGACAUCAUAGUAACUCAUCUCACCGUCUCCUCCUCUCUCUUCAGCAACACUUACCAUAAACGCGCUGACAAACAAAAUAAAGCUAGACAACAUGUAGGCUGUUUAACUCUUUAUUCUCUGUGUUUGUGAUGAUGUGUUUGAGUGACACAAAUCGUGUAAAAAUGAGCUUCGGUGUUCUGCUCA